GGGGGAGCUCCUGCCUUGUACCCCAUGGAUGUAGGAUCGCAGGGGGCACUGUGUUGUUUGGACAACAACCACACACACUUCAUACUGGUGGAUGAUGGGACACAUGGACGCUAUGGGGUGGAAAUCCCACUGAGAACUCGUCUUGAGAAAUUUAUCUCUGAAAAGAAAUUGCUCGAUGAGAAACAGCCAUUAAAACAGUGUGUGUGGUGCUGGAAGGAGGUCCCGGAACAUUGGAUACCAUCUACAAUUCAAUAUGUAACAACACCCCUUGUGUCAUCGUGGAGGGUUCUGGGCGAGUUGCUGACAUCAUAGCACAGGUAGCGAAUAUUAGUUCCUCCAGGAUUACUGUCAGCCUCAUUAAGGAGAAACUGAAAAAUUUUUUUCUCGGAGUCGUAUGACAAUUUCACAGAAGAUCAAAUCAUCAUGUGGACCAAAAUAUUCAAGAUAUUGUCCGCAUGGAGUCUCUGCUCACCAUCCUCCGGGAGGAGAAGGUUGGAGAUCAAGGGAUGGAUGUGGCAAUCCUGCAAGCUUUGCUGAAAGCCUCUCACAAUGCUUAUCCCAAUAGCCAGGAGAACUGGAACCAUCAGCUGAAGCUUGCCGUGUCCUGGAACCGGCCAGAGAUUGCUGAGACUCAGAUCUUCACUGAAGGCUGGACCUGGAAGCCAUCUGAUCUGUAUCCCAGCUUGACACAGUCACUUAUUGAAGACAAACCGUCAUUUGUGCGCCUGUUCCUGGAGCGUGGAGUCAGUCUGGCAGAGUACCUCACCAGGGACACUCUCACCUCCUUGUACAAUAAUACAGAACCAUCCAGUUUGAUUCACAGCAAACUUGAGAGACAAGUCACACCAAAGAAUCCAAAGAAUGUAUAUAAAAUAGAACUUCAUCAUGUCUCCCAUGUCCUACAGGAUCUUCUGGGAGACCUAUUAGAACCCUUGUACCCAGAAGCCAAUCAUAAACAGAACCUGGAAGAAGUCAAAAUCGAGGUGACUACGAAAGUAGAAACUAUGAAACCCAAAAAUGAGCAGCAGUUGGACGACCCUGUGAGGGAUCUUCUCAUCUGGUGCAUUGUGCAGAACCGAGAAAAGAUGGCAGACAUCUUCUGGAAUCUGGUAGAGAAAUGCUGUUCCCUCUUAACC